UUAAACUGGAACUGCUUUAGAGGUUCGUCUGUCUCUCUUCGAAGUUAAAACAAAUCAAAGAUCUGUUUCCAUACUCUUCUUUGAAAACACCCAGCAGAGUCUCUGAGCACCGUAAAGAUGUCUGCUGUCAGCAGUUUGCUAUGUGAAGACCAGUUCCUGUGCGCUAUCUGUCUGGAUGUGUUCACCGACCCAGUCAGCACACCAUGUGGGCACAAUUUCUGCAAAACCUGCAUAACUUCACACUGGGGGUCUGAUGUUCAGGUCCGAUGCCCCCUCUGUAAAAAGACUUUCCCCACAAAACCUGAGCUGCAGAUCAAUACAUUAAUCUCUGAGAUGGCUGCUCAUGUAAAAGGAACAGCUGCUCACAAAGCCACCAGCAGCAGCUCUGAGCAACAGGUUGCCAAACCAGGAGAGAUAUUAUGUGACAUCUGCACUGGAACCAAACUGAAGGCUCUGAAGUCCUGCCUGGUGUGUCUGGUUUCCUACUGUGAGAUUCACUUAGAGCCUCAUCUGAGAGCAGCAGGUCUGAAAAGUCACCAGCUGAUCGAUCCUGUUGAGAAUCUGGAGGAUAGGAUGUGUCAAACCCACAAUAAACCUCUGGAGCUCUUCUGCAAAACUGACCAAAAAUGCAUCUGCAUGCUCUGCAGUAUUUUAGACCACAAAACUCAUGAAGUUGUCCCCCUUAAAGAAGAGUAUGAGAAAAAGAAGACUGAGCUUGGAGAGACCGAGGCCAAACUACAGCAGAUGAUCCAGGAGAGAGAAGUGAAGAUCCAAGAGUUCAAAGAGUCAGUCAAAGUAAGCAGAGAAAAUACAGACAAGAAGAUAGCGAGUGGUGUUCAAAUCCUUACUGAGCUAAAGGAGGCUGUUGAGAGAAACCAGGCAAUGAUGGUUGAAAAGAUGGAACAAGAGCACAGAGUGACAGAGAAAAAGGCUGAGGGUUAUAUCAAAGAGAUAGAACAGGAAAUAUCUGAUCUGAGGAAGAGAAGUGCUGAGGUGAAGCAGCUUUCAUAUUCCGAAGACCACCUUCACUUCCUCCAAAACUUCCCCCCCCUGAAAGCUCCUCCCAUCAUCAAAUCCUGGAAAUUGGUUAAGGUCCAUCUCCCUACAUAUGCAGGGAUUAUGAGGACAGUUGGUAAAGAGUUAGUGAAGAUACUAAAAAAGGAAGCUGAGAUGAAAAAAGCAGUAAUAUGAAGUAAAAGUUUGUCACUUGAGUCUGGUUUUUAUCUGGUGGACCAGAGUGAUUGGGUACGGAUGGUACGUAAGGCUUUGAUGCUUUCAUGAAACAGUAAGUGUUGAUUUUUGAAAGCAUGACAUCUUUUAUUUGAUUUUUGUGUGCUUCAUGGGGGUCUUAGCACUUACUAGAUACAGAUGGGGAGAUCCAAGUCAAAAAGGUUGGGAAACACUGCUCUAGUGUAAGUAGAAGAGCCUGGUUGCUGAACUGCAAGACUUUUCACUAAUAGAAAACAUUUGCUGCAUUAUGAAAAAAGAUCUAGCAAAGAAGACCCAGGACUGAUGAGCAGCUAGAAUCCUCUAUCAGACAAGAAUGGAGCAACAUUUCUCUCUCAAAAGUCAAGCAACUGGUCUCCUCACUGCAAAGAUGUUUACAGACUGUUGUUAAAGGUAGAGGGGGUGCUUCACAAUCGAACAUAUGUCCCUGUCCCUACUUUUUUGAGACGUGUUGCCGUCAUUAAUUCAGAAUGAGUUCAUAUUUUUCAUGAAAUGGUAUGUCUCAGUUUCAACACCUGAUAUGUUGUUAAUGUUCUAUUGUGAAUUAAAUAUGGGUUUAUGAGAUGUGCUAAUCAUUACAUUCUCUUUUUAUGUACAUUUUACGCAGUGAUCCAACUUUUUUGGAAUAGUGGUUGUAGAAACCAUGCAAUACAUUUUUGCCAAACAUCUAAUAACUCCAAGCUCACACAGAGACUCAGAAUAAGUUGACAAGCUUCCAUUACUGCGGUGGUAUCUCUACAACAUAAGUUUGUUUGAAUAAAAGUUGACU